AUGUUUGGACAACAACAAAAAGCACCCCGAUGGAAGCUGUGCACUAGCAGCACGGUGGCAUUGAUGGAUGACGCUACCAUAGCGUUGUACGUAAAAGAAGCAUUGCACGAGACUACAAAGGAGGACAUAACGAAAAUUGCCGACAACGUGCUGGAAGAGUUUCGCAAAAAACUCAAAACUACCGACUGGAUUGAUGAUGAAACUAGAAGCGAAGCUUUGAACAAGGUGGAUCAUAUGCUGCGUCAAAUAGCUUACCCAAAGUUUGUUCUAGACAUAGGAAUGCUCGACAAGCAUUACCGCGAUUUGAAUGUGCAUGACACCGAUUCGCUCAGUGAAAUGUGGGAGAAGCUGACUCGAUGGCAUAUCGAGCACUACUUCGAAAAACUAAUUGACGUCCGGAAUCGUUUCGUAGCCUUCAACCCAGCCAAUGUGCCGGGAACUGGUCUUAAUGUUGAUGGCGAGUUGACUCUGUCGGAAAAUAUUGCCGACAACGGGGGAGUGAGGCUAGCGUACGAGGUAAAUGUUUGCGUCAACCAAGUGCUGGCUAAUCAGCCUGAAUUCGCUGCUGCUUUCAACUGUGAAGUGGGUGCUGCCAUGAACCCCACCGAACGUUGCGAUCUUUGGUAG